GUCUUGGCUGAAUUUGAGACACUGGCAUGUCCACACCACAGCCAGGCAGAUAGAAAUAGAAGAAGCAGUAACUGGAGAGAGGAGGAGCAGCCAUCUUCCUCGGGCUUCAUGCAUGAACAGGGAAGCCUGGUCUUCCUGAAAACAAGCGCCAGAGCGUGGAAAGGGACGAGGCAGAGGGGGGCGAGUACGUGAGGGGUAACAGAGGAUGUUUUUGUCGUUCCUCUGCCUCUCUGGUUGCUGCAGGCCUCACUGUGGUCCAUCCUGAGGAAGCCGGGCCCACGUCACUCUGGCCAGGCCUUGGGCCCACACGUGCUGCCUGGUGAGGCCGGUGUGACCCUCUCACUUGUGGGAGCUAUAAAAAGGUCUAUAAACUGAAACAGUGGAAAACACUGCUUUUCAAAUGGCAACAGCAAGCAGGAUAAAGUCAGCAUGAAAUCCAAUGGACUGCAAUUCAAUUACACAAAGGGGACAGAUGUGGUGUGGAGAGAUAGUGUCAGCGGGCCAAACUGACCACACUCCGUUUCCUGUGUAAUAGGCUGUAAACGGCCAAAGCACCUGCAAGUGUAAGAACUCCUCAGCAGUGGCCGCAUAUCACACCAGGCUGCAGCAUCCACCGCAUCAGACUCUGCACGAUCAUGGCCAUAACCGACUUCCUAGCAGCUUCAGACAUCACUUCAGCCAUUUAUGCUUGUAAAGCGAAGGAUUCGUUUAGCCCGAAGAUGUUUUUCAAAACAGUGGGUUUAUCCAAGAAAAGUCCAGCUGAUAUCGAGAGGGUCUUCAAGAUUUUGGACCAGGACAAAAGUGGCUUCAUAGAACAGGAUGAGUUACAACUGUUCCUGCAGAAUUUCGCCAAAGGAGCGAGGCACCUGACCGUAGCCGAGACCAGAGCCUUCCUCCUGGAGGGGGACUCAGAUGGAGACGGGAAGAUCGGCUGGGAAGAGUUUUCAGCACUGGUCAAGUCUUCAUAAAGCCUGCACCAUCUCUUCGGUGAUUAUGGUGAUGAUCUCAGGAUGGACCUUUUUGAAUUUUUUAUUAUCACAUGGACUCAUUCAGGGAUCCUAUGUUUUUAGAGCCAUACAAUGAAAUAUGUCAUAGUUUAAAUGAAAAACAAUGUAAUAAAGUGACUGAAACUGUAAAACACAAAUGAAACCUCGCCUCUCUGCUAUGUGUCUUUCCCUGCCAGAAGAGUUUACAAAUAAAUUUCAUUCUCA